AUGAGUUCGAAAAACCUGUCUGAUAUCGGUCGUGAUCUGCUGAAGGCUGAUCUUGAGGAAGUCAGCCAGCUUCAAGGCGUCCACACUAUCUUGGCAGAUGUUCCCGGCUUUUCAGAUGGGUCUAACGCCGAUAAGAUUCUCGAGAGUAUAUCGUCUGCGUCUGGAAAGGCAUACCAUACCAUCUUCGAGAAGCUUAUGGUGGCGUGGAAAGAUUUUGACCAGGAUGGCAAGGAGUUUGACCAAGAGGGGUACAACAACGUGUACUCUCAAGAGCAAAAGAAAUUCCUUACCUAUUUUCACCAAAACCUGUCUGAAUCUGGUCUCCCAACUCAAACCAUUGCCGCUUUGAAAGAGACUCUAGAUGAAGACAAGACCAAACUCUGUCGAGCCAUGUGGGAAGAUAAGGAAUGGUCAGAUGGGAAAGAGAAUCUCGAGCUCGAGAAAGAAAUUCUUACAGUGCUGGUGAAUGACGCGAAAGUGUUACGAGCAAUUACCAGAACAAUCUUGAUUGCUUGGACAGAAUGCAACGUGGUGGUUGAUUUGUCCAGAAAGAAUUUGGACGAUUAUCGCAGCGCCAGUACUGCAAUCGAACCCCAAUAUAACCGCCAAAAGGCUUAUGAGGAGCACGGAGAUGUCCUCAGGAUUCCUCAGUCUGGAGAAGACUUUGAGUUAUUCAGAGCUAAUUUUGAUCCUCUCCCUGCCGGCUUUGACCCCCGAGACCCCAGAAAUCCCAGAAACCUUAGAUUCAAUUGA